GUUUACAUUUUUUACAAUUCAUUAUUACACCGAACAAUUUCAUGCAGUGAGUGUACGGCUUAAGCUGUGCUUCAACUUUAUCUGUCUAAACGAGGUGUGGCUUAUCGAAAGUGUAUACCGAGAUCUAAGUUUCGGAUUUCCAGCUAGGGCGUUCUUGAAAUAAAAUUAAUAUCAAUCAAAAAUAAAGAAACACAAUGCUCGGUCGCCUUCCCGCAUGUGUGAUCGAUGUAGGUACAGGCUACACGAAGUUAGGCUUUGCUGGUAACAAAGAGCCUCAACUUAUAAUACCAUCAGCAAUUGCUAUAAAAGAAACGGCAAAAGUUGGAGAUAAUAAUGCUAGAAGAAUUACUAAAGGUGUUGAAGAUUUGGACGCAUAUAUCGGAGAUGAGGCUUUUGAAGCUACUGGAUAUUCUGUGAAAUAUCCAGUUAGACAUGGCCUGGUAGAAGACUGGGAUUUAAUGGAAAAAUUUUUGCAGCAAUGCAUUUUCAAAUAUCUCAGGGCAGAACCUGAGGACCAUUACUUUCUACUCACAGAACCACCAUUAAACACUCCUGAGAAUAGAGAAUAUACAGCAGAGAUAAUGUUUGAAUCCUUUAAUGUACCAGGCCUUUAUAUUGCAGUACAAGCAGUAUUAGCGCUAGCUGCCUCUUGGACAGCUAAGAGUCUAGAGGAUAGAACAUUAACAGGAGUAGUAGUUGAUAGUGGAGAUGGAGUAACACAUGUAAUUCCAGUUGCAGAAGGUUUUGUUAUUGGAAGUUGUAUAAAACAUAUUCCUAUCGCUGGACGCGAUAUCACUUACUUUAUACAAAGUUUGUUAAGGGAACGCGAAAUCGGAAUACCGCCUGAACAGUCGCUAGAAACAGCUAAAGCGAUUAAAGAAAAACAUUGUUAUAUAUGUCCUGAUAUUUCAAAGGAGUUCGCUAAAUACGACAGCGAUCCUACUAAAAUAAAACAGUAUGAAGGUAUCAACAAUAUCACUAAACAGCCUUUCGUCGUAGACGUUGGUUACGAGAGGUUCUUGGGGCCAGAAAUAUUCUUCCAUCCCGAAUUUUCUAAUCCAGACUUUACAACACCGUUAAGUGAAAUCGUGGAUGAUGUAAUACAAAAUUGUCCAAUAGAUGUACGAAGACCAUUGUAUAAUAAUAUUGUUUUAUCGGGCGGUUCUACGAUGUUUAAAGAUUUCGGUAGGCGAUUACAACGCGAUAUAAAACGUAUCGUCGAUGCUCGUCUUAAACUUAGCGAAACGUUAAGUGGAAGCUACAUUACGCCAAAACCGAUGGACGUUCACGUCAUAUCGCAUCAUAAACAACGUUGUGCUGUAUGGUACGGUGGUGCUUUAUUAGCAAGCGAUCCUGAAUUUUAUAGGGUUUGUCAUACCAAGAAAGCUUAUCAAGAAUACGGUCCUGGAAUAUGUCGUUAUAAUCCCGUAUUUCGUAGUAUGGUGUAAAAUGAAUAAAAAUAUACUUAAUUCUAAAAAGACGUUGUACGGAUCAACGAUCGCAACUUAACGUCAUUAAUGAAAUUGUUAAUAAUUUAUUCCAAUUUUAUGUUUUCCUCUAUGAUUAUAUUUAAUGAGAUAAACUGGGCCUUUAUAGAUAUGUAACAAUUAACUAAAAGAAUUCCGAAGAACGCCCAAGCUUAUACUAGCAAACGCACACGGACAUAUUUUCAUGCUCAUUCGUUGAUGCAUUAUAGUUGUAAGAAGAGGUAUUUGCAUUUAAUAAAAAAAGGAAUGUUCUAUUACCAAUAAUGAUUAAAAAUAAUUAAGACAGUUACAUUACAAACUAACUGUAUAGAUCUGUACAUAAAAU